AUGGAGAACCCUCAGCACGAGGAGUCAAGCCGCGGCGAUACACUCCAUGCAGACUCAGCGCAAAAACCCACUAACGUGAUAGAGAAUUCUCAGCACGAGGAACCAAGCCGCGACGAUACACCCCAAGCAAACUCCGCCUUGAGCUCCUCGACUUUAGGAAACGACGUCUCGUCCAAAGCUGCCACUAGCACAUCCCCAACACCUAUCGCCAGCUCCCCUUCCGACGUCAAAACCGCUCCUUUAGAGACCUACAUUCUCAGCACCGAAGCUAAGAUAAGCCAUCUUCUCCCCACGCGUACUACGCCAGUUUUCCGUAGCUUCCCAGACUCAGAAUCUCCCACCCUCCGCAGCGACCGCGAAAACAAGAUCAUCAUAUACUGCGGCGCCUUCAACCCGCCGCACGCAGGCCAUGCCGCACUUCUUUCGCAUACGUAUUUCUCAACAGAUGCUUCCACCAUCGCCGCCCUGAUACUACCCGUAAGAACCUUGUCGGGCAAAAGCUACCUAUCAAACGCAGAUGGAAGAAACUUCCGCCUGACGUAUUCUCAGCGAUCUGAGCUCUGGCAAGACGAUCUCUUGAGCCGAUUCUCCUGGAUAUUUCCGGGUGGGGGUCAUAGAAACAUGUCAUCGUUCAUUGACCUUCUCAAGGUGUCAGUAGAAAAUGACGGGUUCAAAAUAUCUUUCUUGGAGCUAUCUGGUGCAGAGUAUGCAUACUCACUUGGUAUGAUAUGGGACAAAAACAUACCUACACGAAUUACUAGUAGUAUCACGAGGCCGGUUCCCUUCGCAGAGUCUAAUGGAGUCAAGGAACCUCAGUUGCGAAAAUUACACGGCUGUGGGCCAUGGGAAGACGUUCCGCAAGAGGAUUUGCGGUGGGAGAGUGAAGAGGAAGAAAAGCCAAAGUGUUGGCCGUGCUGGCCUUGCCACAAGAUGAGAAAGGUGUUUCCAGAAGCUUUCGACGACAAAGGCAGGCCACUACCACCUGAUUACCGACACCACGAUAUGAGCCCCGCCACAAGACCUGAUAUUCUCCUUUCCCGCUGCCACGCCGCCCCAAAGCUCCCAAAACAGUGUCAAUACAUCUACCCCGUAGUGGAACAGAUGACACGGGAAUGGGGAGAACAAGAGCAGGAACUGGAUGCCCAUCUCCUCUUCAUUCCCAGCACCCAGGAUCCAAACUCGCCAACCUUGUUCCCCGAGAUGAGCUCGACGUCGAUUAGAAAAAGGUUUCUGAAAGCCGAUACCGUGAUAUGUAAAUUUCGCGAUCAGAUGAGCGAAGAGGUGCUUAAUGUGGAUCGGUUAUGUGAAUUUCUGGACUGGCCUGUGACUGAAAGAAAUGUUAAGAGGUCGAGAGAGAGCGAUGGUGCUGGGUACGAUGAUGACGCGGCUGAGGGACUGAACACGGAGAGUGAUGACACAGUGGAUGAUAGCGCAGCUAAGAGGCUGAAGAAGGAGAGCAAGGAUGCUAGAGAUGAUAAUAGCAGCUAA